UUUUUCCCAUUCAGCUAGAAAGCCUCUUCUCCGUUGACAAGGUCAAUGCAAGGUCCACCUCUCUUUCAAUCCAACAUUCUGAAUCUGUUUUCAGACAACAUUCUGUCCGGCAGAAAUCUUUGUCAAAUUACACCAUCCACCUUAAUCCCAACAAAAAACACAUGAACAUGACACACCUCCCAAGAAAAGAAUCAGAGAAAUUCUCUCUUUCUCUGGAGAGCGGCUCGUUGUUUCUCCACAAAAAAUGGCCGCUGUCCUCUUCCCCCACCACCUUAUUUCCUUAUUUGUUUUCUUACUUUUUCUAUCCCAUCCAAUUCCUUGUGUUUCCAUCGGAGAUGAUGAAGUCCUUCUUGAAUUUAAAGAAUUGUUAUUAAAUACCUCAUCUCUUGAUUCCUCAUGGAAAAAAGGAACAAAUCCUUGUGAUAAUAAUAAGAAAUGGUUUGGUGUUCAAUGUGAUAGUAAAAAUGUUAUCCAAGGCCUAAUUCUUGGUGGGGUUGGCCUGUCAGGGAAUCUUGAUGUUGAUGUACUAGUUAGCCUUCAAGGCCUUAGAGUUAUAAAUCUUGCAAACAACUCUUUCUCAGGAUCAAUUCCUGAAUUCUUUAGGCUUGGUGCUCUCAAGUCUCUAUUCAUUGAUGGAAACCAGUUUACUGGAGAGAUCCCAGGAGAUUUCUUCUCCAAAAUGGGAUCUCUCAGGAAAAUAUGGUUUUCGCGGAACAAGUUUUCAGGGAAAAUUCCAGAUUCUUUAGUCAGUUUGAAAUAUCUUUUAGAACUCCACCUGGAGAAUAAUGAAUUUACAGGACCUGUUCCAUCUUUGUCACAGGGUAAUCUGGCAUCGAUAAGCUUCUCAAACAAUAAAUUACAAGGUUUAAUCCCGGAAAGUUUGUCAAAGUUUGGUUCGGAACCUUUUCAAGGAAAUCCAGAUCUAUGUGGAAAUCAAAUAGGGAGGGAGUGCAAGGCUGCAGCCUCUGGUGAAAUGUCUGAAGGUUCUGGCAGUAGAAAAUGGAUAAUUAUAGGCUUAGUGGUUGUUUUGUUAUUGGUGGCUAUAUUAUUUAAGGCAAAGCGCAGGGAUGAUCAAUUUGAAAAGCUUGAAAAAGAGAACCUUGAUGAGGCUGUGAAGGUGCACCUUAACAAGAGAAGCUUGAGCACGCGUACCUCUAUGCCUUCAUCAAGGAAGGGACGCGCAAGAAGUGGCAGCGAUAUGGGUGAUCUGGUGGUGGUAAAUGAAAAAAAAGGUAUAUUUGGGAUGCCUGAUUUGAUGAAGGCAGCAGCUGAAGUCCUUGGGAAUGGAGGAUUGGGGUCAGCUUACAAGGCAGUAUUGGGAAAUGGAGUGUCCGUCGUGGUGAAGAGGUUGAGGGAAACAAAUAAAUUUAAUAAGGAAAGUUUUGACGCAGAGAUCAGACGACUUGCCAGGUUAAGGCACAGGAACAUAUUGCAACCAUUAGCGUACCAUUACAGGAAAGAGGAGAAGCUGGUGGUGUCUGAAUACAUUCCCAAAGGCAGCCUGUUGUACCUAUUACAUGGUGAUCGGGGGAUAGCACAUGCUCAGCUAAAUUGGCCUACUCGCAUUAAAAUCAUCCAAGGAGUUGCCAGUGGAAUGAAAUUUCUUCAUUCAGAGUUUUCAUCAUAUGAUGUACCUCAUGGGAACCUUAAGUCUAGCAACAUUCUUCUUUCUGCAAAUUAUGAACCUCUUCUCACAGAUUAUGCCUUUUAUCCACUACUCAACAAUUCGCAAGCUGUCCAAUCUCUUUUUGCUUAUAAAUCCCCAGAAGCCAUACUAAACCAACAAAUCACUCCAAAAAGUGAUGUAUAUUGUCUUGGAAUUGUAAUUCUUGAAAUUCUUACUGGGAAAUUCCCAUCACAAUAUCUCAGCAACCAAAAGUGUGGAACCGACGUUGCAGAAUGGGUGCGGUCAGCAAUUGAAGAGAAUAGAGUAUCAGAAUUGAUUGAUCCAGAGAUAGCAACAGCAAAGGAUUACCUUGAAAUGAUGGAAAAGUUCCUUCAUAUAGGAGCUGCAUGCACUGAGAGCGACCAUGAUAAGAGAAUCGACAUGAAGGAAACCAUAAGGAGGAUAGAAGAGCUACAAAUUUAACAUAGUGAUUGGUUAGACGACCAUGAGGUUCAAUUUAUGGUAGGGAGAAGGAAAAAUAAGUACAGAAAGCUGUUUUAGCUCUCCAACUAAUGAUCAACGCACGAGCUCUACAGUAGAGUCUUAAAAAGGGCAUGUUACGAAAGAAUGUGGGCAUUUUCCGUUCCCUGAGAUGAAUGCUGUCUACAGUUCGUUUGUUGGCCAAAAGGAUUUUCUGUAAAAGUAUAAAAUUAAGACUGCUAGAUAUUCAAAACUCAGAUAUAGGAGCAUGAAUGGAUCUUUCAUUA